CCAAACUCAGACUGGGGAAAACAGUAAAAAUAGCCGCGAAUAUUAGAGAAAAAUUUCAAGAAACUCUAUUUUAUAUGCGCUUUAACGCCAACCGGCACACUCUACUUGUUACGGAGAUGUGAUAUAUAGUUGUGUUGGCUGAGAAAAUAGAGAGAAUUGAAUGUAAAUCGCUUAUAUAUGUUUGUAAGUAGUUACGAUAGCUAGCUGUGCUAGCGCUGGAUGACAAGAGUAGUGGUUAGUUAGCUAGCGGGGGUUUAGCUUAACUAGCUUAGCUAGCUAGCUAACCUUUCCAGACACCUUAAGCUCUAUAGAGCCUCUGUACUCAGAUUGUUUACUAGUUAACUUACUAGCCAGCGGUUAGUAGCUUAAUUCAGGAUGGUUCUACAGAACAGUGGAAGAUUCAGAGUAGACCGGGAUGGAGGAGACCAAGACAACCAGCAGGAUGAUGGACCCGGCAUGUCUGCCGUCAAGCGGCUUGAACGAAGUCAGUUUACUGAUGGAAUGGACACACGCUUCGGAUUUGAGCGAAUGAAGGAGCCUGGAGAAAAAACUGGAUGGCUGAUCAACAUGCAUCCGACGGAGAUUUUGGAUGAUGACAAGAGGAUGAUCAGUGCUGUGGAUUAUUACUUCAUUCAGGAAGAUGGCAGCAGAUUCAAGGUGGCUUUACCCUUUAAGCCAUACUUCUACAUAGCCACUAAAAAGAACUGUGAGAGAGAAGUCGUCUCCUACUUGUCAAAGAAGUACCAAGGAAAGGUGGCAAAACUGGAGAUUGUGCCCAAAGAGGAUCUAGAUCUGCCGAACCACCUGGUGGGUCUGAAGAGGAACUACAUCAAACUGUCCUUUAACACAGUGGACGACCUAAUCAAAGUGAAGCGAGAGAUUUCACCUGCCGUUAGAAAAAACAGGGAGAGAGAGAAAUCUAAUGAUGCCUACACCAGCAUGCUGUGCAGUGUACUCGCAGGUGGGAAUGUGAUGACAGCUGAUGAAGAUGGUACAUCAAAGAAAAUGUCUGACCAGCUAGACAACAUUGUGGAUAUGAGGGAGUAUGAUGUACCUUACCAUGUAAGGCUGUCCAUUGACCUCAAGAUCCAUGUGGCUCACUGGUAUAACGUGCGGUACAGAGGCAGUGCAUACCCUCCUGAGAUUGUGCGUAGGGAUGAUCUUGUUGAAAGACCUGAUCCUGUUGUAUUGGCAUUUGAUAUUGAGACCACAAAGCUCCCUCUUAAGUUCCCUGAUGCAGAAACAGACCAGAUUAUGAUGAUCUCCUAUAUGAUUGAUGGGCAGGGUUUCCUGAUCACAAACAGGGAGAUUGUCUCUGAGGAUAUUGAGGAUUUUGAGUUCACCCCUAAGCCAGAGUACGAGGGACCCUUUACUGUGUUUAAUGAAGCUGAUGAGGCUGCUCUCAUCCAGAGAUGGUUUGAGCACGUUCAGGAAACCAAACCUAACAUAUUUGUGACCUACAACGGGGACUUUUUUGACUGGCCGUUUGUGGAGACACGUGCUGCCAUCCAUGGCCUCAGCAUGCACCAGGAGAUUGGCUUUCAGAAGGAUAACCAGGGUGAAUACAAAGCCAGCCAGGCCAUUCACAUGGACUGUCUGAGAUGGGUAAAAAGAGACAGUUACCUGCCAGUUGGUAGCCAUAAUCUCAAGGCAGCAGCCAAGGCCAAGCUGAGCUAUGACCCUGUGGAGCUGGAUCCAGAGGAGAUGUGCAGAAUGGCUACUGAAGAACCACAGACAUUGGCUACCUACUCAGUGUCGGAUGCAGUGGCCACAUACUACCUGUAUAUGAAAUACGUACAUCCAUUCAUCUUCGCUUUGUGCACCAUCAUUCCCAUGGAGCCGGAUGAGGUAUUGCGCAAAGGUUCAGGGACGCUGUGCGAGGCGUUAUUGAUGGUGCAGGCUUUCCAUGCCAACAUUGUUUUCCCCAAUAAGCAGGAGCAAGUGUUCAAUAAACUCACAGAUGACGGUCAUGUUUUAGACUCUGAGACCUAUGUGGGAGGUCACGUCGAGGCCCUGGAGUCUGGAGUCUUCCGCAGUGACAUCCCCUGCCGUUUCAAAAUGAACCCUGCAGCCUUCGACUUCCUGCUUCAGAGGGUUGAAAGGACUCUUCGUCACGCAGUUGAGGAAGAAGAAAAUAUUCCUCUAGAGCAGGUCACAAAUUUCAAUGAGGUUUGCGAUGAGAUCAAGAAGAAGCUGAUCUCCCUGAAGGAAGUACCAAAUAGGAUUGAGUGCCCUCUUAUUUACCAUCUGGACGUUGGGGCAAUGUACCCCAACAUCAUUCUCACCAACAGACUGCAGCCAUCUGCCAUGGUAGAUGAGGCAACCUGUGCAGCAUGUGAUUUUAAUAAGCCUGGAGCCAACUGCCAGCGAAGGAUGACCUGGCAGUGGAGAGGAGAGAUCAUGCCUGCCAGUCGUAGCGAGUUCCACCGUAUCCAGCAGCAGUUGGAGUCUGAGAAGUUCCCCCCUCUGUUUCCAAAUGGGAGACCUCGAGCUUUCCAUGAGCUCAACAGGGAGGAACAAGCUCGACAUGAGAAGAAACGUCUGGGAGAUUACUGCAGAAAGGCCUAUAAGAAAGUGCACUUGACCAGGCUGGAGGAAAGAGUUACGACUAUCUGUCAGAGAGAGAACUCCUUCUACGUCGACACGGUCCGGGCUUUCCGUGAUCGCCGUUAUGAAUUCAAAGGAUUACAUAAGGUGUGGAAGAAAAAGCUGUCUUCGGCUCAAGAGAUUGGUGAUGCAGCUGAAGUGAAGCGCUGUAAGAACAUGGAGAUCCUUUAUGAGUCUCUGCAGCUCGCCCACAAGUGCAUCCUUAACUCCUUCUACGGAUACGUCAUGAGGAAAGGAGCACGUUGGUAUUCGAUGGAGAUGGCUGGAAUUGUGUGUCACACGGGAGCCAACAUCAUCACUCAGGCCAGAGAACUGAUCGAGCAGAUUGGACGACCUUUGGAGUUGGACACUGAUGGUAUCUGGUGUGUCCUUCCCAACACCUUCCCUGAGAACUUUGUCAUCAAGUCAACCAAUGAGAAGAAACCUAAAGUGACCAUAAGUUACCCUGGAGCCAUGCUGAACAUCAUGGUCAAGGAGGGUUUCACUAAUCAUCAAUACCAGGAGCUGGUGGAUCCAGCCUCUCUCACCUAUGAGACAAGGGCUGAAAACAGCAUCUUUUUUGAGGUGGACGGGCCGUACCUGGCCAUGAUCCUGCCUGCUUCCAAAGAAGAGGGCAAGAAGCUGAAAAAAAGGUAUGCCGUGUUUAAUGAAGACGGCUCUCUGGCUGAGCUGAAAGGCUUUGAGGUGAAGAGGAGAGGAGAGCUCCAGCUCAUUAAAAUCUUCCAGUCCUCUGUGUUCGAGGCCUUUCUUAAGGGCACCACUUUGGAGGAGGUUUACGACUCAGUCGCCAAAGUGGCCGACUACUGGCUCGAUGUGCUCUACAGCAAGGCGGCGAACAUGCCAGACGCAGAGCUGUUUGAGCUGAUCUCGGAGAACCGCUCUAUGUCCCGUAAGCUGGAGGACUACGGCGAACAGAAGUCCACCUCUAUCAGCACAGCCAAGCGACUUGCCGAGUUUCUUGGUGACCAGAUGGUAAAGGAUGCAGGGCUGAGCUGUCGUUUCAUCAUCUCCCGCAAACCUGAGGGCUCACCUGUUACAGAAAGGGCAAUUCCUCUGGCUAUAUUCCAGGCUGAAGCAAGUGUAAAGAAGCAUUACCUGCGCAAAUGGCUUAAGAUGCCCAGCCUCCACGAUCUGGACAUUAGAUCAAUCCUUGACUGGAGUUACUACAUUGAAAGACUUGGUAGUGCUAUACAGAAGAUCAUCACCAUUCCAGCAGCAUUACAGCAGGUGAAAAACCCUGUUCCUAGGGUACGCCAUCCAGACUGGCUGCAUAAGAAGCUUCUGGAAAAGAAUGACAUCUACAAACAGAAGAAAAUCAGUGAGCUGUUCACAAGCGAAGGAAAAAGACAGGUGACACAACAGAAGCUGGACGAGGCGCCAGAUAUGGAGGAUUUUGGGGUUCCGCAGCGCCCCCUACAGCCUGCUAUCCUUAUCAGCACCAAGAGGAAGCGAGCAUCUCAGGGUGAGGACAGCCAGGCAGAGUCUCAGGAGCUGGAGCUCACUCAGUCCUGGAGAGAGAUACUGGGACCACCACCACCUAAGGGGACAACAAAGGAGGAGCGGUUGGUCUGGCUGCGCUACCACAAGAAGAAAUGGGAGCUGCAGAUCCGCCAGAGAAAGGAGCGAAGGAAGAAGCGUCGCUUGAUGGAUGGAGAGGCUCAGCCAACUGGAGGCGGUGUAAUCAGGGGCGGGCCAACCACAGGACUGGGCAGCUUCCUGCGUAGGACGGCCAGGAGCAUUCUGGACAUGCCCUGGCAAAUAGUGCAGAUUGCAGAGACCAGUCACCCAGGCCUAUAUAAGCUGUGGGCAGUGAUUGGCAGUGACCUUCACUGCAUGAAGCUCAAUAUUCCUCGAGUUUUCUACGUCAAUCAGAGAGUGCCCAAACAAGAAGAAGGGGCCACUUACAAAAAGGUGAACCGGAUUUUGCCACGUUCCAACGUGGUGUAUUACCUGUACCAGUACUCUGUGCCUGAGGACAUGUAUCAGGAACACAUCAAUGAGAUCAAUGCAGACCUCUCUGCCCCCGACAUCGAGGGAGUCUACGAGACACAGGUGCCGCUGCUGUUCCGGGCACUGGCGCAGCUGGGCUGUGUGUGUAUGGUCAAUAAGCAGGUGGUUAGGGAGCUUGCUGGACGGGAGGCAGACACAUUCGAUCUGGAGCACCUGGAGAUGAGGUCUCUUGCACAGUUCAGCUACCUGGAGCCAGGAAGUGUAAGACACAUGUACCUGUAUCAUCACAGUCAGGGCCACAAGGCUCUGUUUGGCCUCUUCAUCCCUUCACAGCGUAAAGCCAACGUCUUUGUCCUUGAUACGGUACGGAGUAACCAAAUGCCAAAUUUGAGUACGCUUUAUGGAGCGGAGCGCACAGCUCUGUUGGAGAAAACAUCAGAGGAUCUGCUUCCACCAGAGAAGCACCUGUUUGAAGUGCGUGCUGAGAAUGAUAUAAAGGCCAUCUACCGCGCCCUGCAGCGCAUUCUGCUAAGCUAUAAGGAGGAGCGACGUGGUCCGACUCUUAUUGCCGUUCAGUCUAACUGGGACCUGCGGAGACUUGCAGCUGGUAUGGGUGUGCUGGAAGAGUUUCCAGUGGUUCCAGUGCAUGUGACUGACGAGAUCAGCUACAAUGUGCUGGACUGGCAGCGGCACGGCGCCCGUCGCAUGAUCAAACACUACCUGAACCUGGACAGCUGCCUUUCUCAGGCAUUUGACAUGGCCAGAUAUUACCACCUGCCUGUGGGGAACCUGCCUGAGGACAUCUCCAUCUUUGGCUCAGACCUAUUCCUGGCACGUCACCUGCGGAAGCACAACCAUCUGCUGUGGCUUUCUCCCACAGCAAGACCUGACCUUGGGGGCAAGGAGGCCGAUGACAGUCGCCUGGUGAUGGAGAGUGAUGAGCGUGGUUCUGUGGAGAUCAACACACAAGGCUGCUACUCCACAGUAUGUGUAGAGUUAGACAUUCAGAGCUUGGCAGUGAACACCAUCCUCCAGUCUCAGCAUAUAAAUGACAUGGAGGGAGGGGCCAGUCUGGGUGUGAGCUUUGAUGUUAUACAGCAAUCGUCUCUUGAGGACAUGAUGUCAGGAAACCAGGGAGCAAGUGCUGUGGCCAGCUAUGAUGAGACGGCCCUCUGCUCCAAUACAUUCAGGAUCCUGAAGAGUAUGGUGGUUGGCUGGGUGCGGGAGAUUACGCAGUACCAUAACGUUUAUGCGGAUAACCAGGUGAUGCACUUCUACCGCUGGCUGCGCUCCCCCAGUUCUCUGCUGUAUGACCCAGCACUGCACUGCACACUUCUCAACAUGAUGAAGAAGCUCUUUUUGCAACUGGUUGCUGAGUUUAAGCGACUCGGUUCGUCUGUGCUCUAUGGGAACUUUAACCGCAUUAUCCUCAGUACUAAGAAACGACGCAUUGACGAUGCUAUCGCGUAUGUGGAAUACAUCACUAACAGUAUCCAUUCACGAGAGAUCUUCCACUCUUUGUCCAUCACUUUCUCCCGAUGUUGGGAAUUCCUUAUGUGGAUGGAUCCUGCCAACUACGGAGGAGUCAAGGGGAAGCUGCCUUCCAGUCUCAUGUAUGGAGAGAAUGAAAGAAAGAAAAAAGGAAAGAAGGAAGGAGAAGACGAGGGCAGUGAGGAUGAGGAAGAUGAAGAGGCUGAUGAACAGGAGGAUGAAGAUCAAGAUGGAGAUGAGGUUGAGGACCUGAUUGAGAGCAACUGGAACAUCAUGCAGUAUCUGCCUCAGACUGCUUCCUGUCAGAAAUAUUUUCUCAUGAUCAUCUCAGCUUAUAUAGCUGCUGUGUAUCACAGCAUGAAGGAGGAGCUUAGACGAAAUGCUCCUGGAGCCACGCCUGUAAAGAGGCGGGGUGGGAGCCAAAUGUCUCAGCAGCCUGCUGGUGAUGUCAGCGCACUACCUGGUUUGAUUACGUUCUCUCAGGAGUAUGUAUCUAGCGAGCUGACCCAGAGCUUCUUCACCAUCACCCAGAAGAUUCAGAAGAAGGUGUCUGGGACACGCAGCGUGACUCUGCCGUCCGAAAUGUUCCCAGUUCUGCCUGGAUCACACCUUCCGCUCAACAACCCUGCUCUAGAGUUCAUCAAAUAUGUCUGCCAGGUCCUCUCCCUGGAUGCGAACAUUGCGAAUCAGGUGAAUAAGUUAAAGCGGGACCUCCUUCGUUUGGUGGAAGUUGGGGAGUUCUCUGAAGAUGCUCAGUUUCGAGAUCCCUGCAAUUCUUACAUCUUACCUGAGGUCAUUUGCCAUCACUGCAACUACUGUCGUGAUCUUGACCUUUGCAAAGAUCCGUCCGUAGCCCAGGAUGGUUCAGUCCUCCCUCAGUGGUUCUGCUCCAACUGCCAGGCCCAGUACGACACUGACCUGAUAGAAAUGGCUCUGGUGGAGGCUCUACAGAAGAAGCUGAUGAGUUACACUCUGCAGGACCUGGAAUGUGCAAAGUGCCAUGGAGUGAAGGAGGCCAACAUGCCGCUGUACUGCAGCUGCGCAGGAGACUUCAAACUCACCUUCACCAUAAAGAGCUUCACAGAGCAGAUCACAGUGUUUCGCAACAUUGCUGCCCACUAUAACAUGAACUUCCUGCUGGAGACCAUCGACUGGAUCCUGAGGAUGAACACUUAAGAUUGUAUGUGUGUGUAUAUAUGUGUGUGUGUCUGUGUGUAUAUGUACAGUAUCACUUUUAGAGAAUGGUCAGAAUUGGUCAAAAUUGUGUUGUAUUAAGGAUUUUCCAUGUUUUACAUAAUUGUAAUGUUGGAAAUUAUGUGCUUAAAUAUUUUUUUGUACAUUUUCUACAGAACAGCAUCAUUUUCUGUACACAUUUUUGACUAGGGUGUGUUAGGGACACUAGUGUAUUUGAAAUAAAUAUUUUUCAUACUUGAAAAUGAAAUAAAGCCUGUAUUAUGUUGCAAUUGAGUGGAUGACGUUUGCUUGGUGAAUAAAAGAUGUUGUCUAUUGCA